CUACCACGCUUGUACCUGGCAUCAUGUUCAGACUGACGGUGGUCGUCUGUGAGUAUUCAACUUCUGUAUAUGAUGCAGUGCUGGUUGCAGCUUGCUGUGCACUAACGGAUGGAGCACGCAGCAUCACAUGUGAAGGCUCUGAUGCUUUACUACAAUGUGAUGGAGGUAAGAUCCAUAUCGAGCGUGCCAACUAUGGUCGUCGUCAACGCAACGUGUGUUCCAUUGGGCGCCCCGCUAACCAACUCACCAACACCAACUGCCUCAGAAAAUCCACCACCAGGAAGAUGGCAGCAAGGUGUGACGGGAAGAGCCAGUGUGUCGUCCCGGCAUCCAAUUCUGUUUUUGGAGACCCCUGUUUCGGAACCUAUAAGUACCUGGACACUGAAUAUUCCUGUGUCCAACAGCAAGUAACAAUAAGCAGCAUCAUAUGUGAAGGCUCUGAUUCUCAACUACAAUGUGAUGAAGGUAAGAUCCAUAUCCAGAGUGCCAACUAUGGUCGUCGUCAACGCAACGUGUGUUCCAUUGGGCGCCCUGAUAACCAACUCACCAACACCAACUGCCUCAGCCAAUCCACUACCAGUAAGAUGGCAGAAAGGUGUGAUGGGAAGAGCCAGUGUGUCGUUCCGGCAUCCAACUCAGUGUUUGGAGACCCCUGUGUCGGAACCUAUAAGUACCUGGAGGUGGCUUACACCUGUGACUAAAUGAUAUCUUCCCUGAUGACCCUAAAGGCUUCUGGGAUUUCUUCAUCGAGUGGAUCAGUUUAUUUUCCUCCAACCCCCAAAAUCAACUUCAAAUCAUUGUAAACCUGUGCCUUUUGUGCUAAAGCGUUUCUUAAACAAUUCUGAACUGUGGUGGUUGGUCUGAAUUAAACUAAGCAGCAUGAA